AUGGCCGGACAUCGGUGUGUUACAAUGAUGAACUCCCGUAGCGACGGGAAGACACUUGUUCGCACCUGUCUCCUCCAGCUCCAACAAGUCUCGUGCCGCUCCGAAAAGCCGCCAUCGGCCCCCGUUGCAACUCUCGAGCUGCAAUUAAUUGUUCCUGGAGUGGCACCCAGUACCGUAUCGACCAAAUCAAACACCUUUAUGAGGCUCGUAAACCUCGGCGAAACGUGUCACUUUUGGCCCAUUUUGUUGCCAUCUCCCGCGUUAUCAAUCUGAUUGGCGCUGAUUUCAGAGGUGUUAAAAAUGACUUUGCUUGCUCUCCGGCAGCUCAAAUAAGUCAAUUAUCAGUAUCACUCUGGCGUUGCGGAACAAAGGGCAACUUCACCUGUUUUUCGAUUUUUGGGGAAGAGCUGUCAAUAAGGACACGGACUGAUGGGAACAGUUCUUCGAAAUGAAGAAAUAAGAAAUAAUUUCUUUCCAAUGGUUUCGAUUGAAUUCAAAGUUUCAAAAUAUAAAUAUAUAAAAAACUCUCAAAAAUUAUAAAAUAAGAGUUCUUGAAUAAUUUUUAUUUUCCGAACUUGCGUUUAAUUCAUUUUUGACCGGUAGCUUAUUUGUACAUUAGAUUCCUUCACAGUAAAGAUAUAAUGCGACUUUAAUAGUUUUUUUGAUUCAAAACGAGAAAAAAAUUAGCACUAUUUAUAUUAAAAAUUUUGUUUUUUUUUUCUCGGUAAAUCAUAGUUUUUUUCCUCUAAAAUUUUUUUUUAUAAAUUUUUUUCUCCCAUCGCUAGGAAAAAGUCCCUUCAAAGAUGUGAAAAAAAGGAGCCUGAGUAGCGCGAGUGUUUUGACGCUGGCGACGGUGUUUGCAUCGCGGCGAUCAUGUCGUCGCUCUCGGACCAAUGUGGAUUCGGAGCUUUGUCUCGUUCGCAUUAUCAAGUGUCGGAUUUGAGAGCGUCGUUUCGAUUGGCGACCAAGUUGCUGAGUUUUCGCGGCGAAACGCAAGGCGCUUUGUGA